CCCUAUGAAUGGCGAAGUCUUCUCCGUGAUCUUCUCCGCCAAUGCUCCUUUCUCCCCGAUCCUAUCGCCCAAGCUGCCUGCCAUGACCAUGUGAUGCAACGCUUUCGCCGCUGGGAAGCCGAAAAAAGACCCUGGGUUAAGUACAAGACUAUCAGGGAACACAACAGCUACAAGGAUGCCCAUCAAAAACUAUCUCUGUUGAUACGAGCGAACGAAGGAUUCCCACGCCCGCUAGAGAAAGUCCUCCGAUUCGCAUAUGGACGCAGUGGGAAGCGACGAUGGGAGCUUCUCUCGACGUUGCUCACGGAAAAUGUUCCAGCGGACUCGAAUGCUGUAGAACAUCUCAUCAGUACCACAAAGGCCGAUUUCGGGGACGAUUGGAAGCCGCCGACUGUUUUGGUUGACCUCUUGAAAUCACAGAAUAACAACCCGUUUGUCGCGCAGCUAAGCAAUCGUCCUCCGGUCAAAGAGCUUGAGCCGAAAUUCCCGAAGAAAGUUACAUGGGGAGGGGGGGUUGCUUUCAAUCGCCGAAAGAAUAUCCGCCGGGAUUGGUAUAACAAUGUGUUAUCGGUCAUCCUUCCGCCUUUGCCGGACUCAGAGCUGCAGGUAUUGGAGGGCUUAAUCUCGGGGAAAAUAACAUGGAAGCGCAGGAGCAAAACCUUGUCCGAAGGAGACUUUAGAUUCGUGGCGGACCAUCACUCUCACCCUGGUAGGCGUGUUCGAAGACUUUUGUCGUACGGACCGCGCAAGGAGCAAACGUUUGAGGCGUAUGCUAGUGGACGCCCUCACACUAUUACGCGGCGCUUGAUGACUAGGCUUUGGCAGCGCAUAUCAUGUCUGGUCCCGCGCUCGAGGUGGGAUACGCCCAGUGGAAAGCACUACUUUACCUGGGAUACAGUGAAGCCUCUCCCA